UCUGUUUCUCGAUCGGCCAUUUUGGAGUGGGCUCUGUUGAAAACAGACACAUAAAACUCUACUUUUCUUUAUUUAUUGACAUCAUACGACAAACAUGACAAGUCUAACACAGAGAAACGUUGGACUUAAACAAAGAAAACCAGCGAGCCAAGGGGCAGAAGCUAAUGAUGCACAAGAUAAUUAUGACCAGAGAGAGGAAAUGGAGGAUCACGACUCGAAAGAAACGCGACUGACGCUAAUGGAAGAAGUCUUAUUGCUUGGAUUGAAGGACAGAGAGGGCUAUACCUCCUUCUGGAAUGACUGUAUAUCAUCUGGGCUGAGAGGAUGCAUCUUGAUAGAGCUAGCACUGCGUGGGCGUUUGGAGCUGGAGAAGGCAGGAAUGAGACGGCGAAGUCUGCUCAAUCGCAAGGUCAUCUGCAAGUCCGACACCCCUACUGGAGAUGUCUUGUUAGAUGAAGCUCUCAAGCACAUCAAAGAAACGCAACCAGCAGAAACUGUCCAGAGUUGGAUUGAAUACCUCAGUGGUGAAACCUGGAAUCCUCUGAAACUGCGCUAUCAAUUGAGGAAUGUACGAGAGCGUUUGGCCAAAAAUCUGGUCGAGAAAGGUGUAUGUUCCACUGAGAAACAGAAUUUCCUGCUGUUUGACAUGACCACACAUCCACUUACCGACUCAACCGUCAAGCAGAAGCUCAUCAAGCGAGUCCAAGAUUCCGUUCUCAGUCGCUGGACCAAUGAUGCCCAUCGAAUGGACAAACGUGUAUUAUCUCUCAUUUAUCUUGCUCAUGCUUCAGACGUUUUGGAAAAUGCCUUCGCUCCCCUGUCAGAUGAUGAUUAUGAAGUGGCCAUGAAACGCGUUCGAGAACUACUUGAUCUGGACUUUGAUGCGGAGAGCAUGAAGGAAGGAACCAAUGAGCUUUUGUGGGCUACCAUAUCUGCUGUCAGCAAGUGAUUCUGGCUUGUGCUACUUCUGUGCUUUCAAUGGAUUUGGUGUCUUUUUCUACCUUCACAUAUAAAUGACUUUGUGGAAAGUGAGGGACGUUUCAUGUUUUAAGCCUUGAACUUCGACCAGUGAUUUCAGGCUUGACAGAGAAAUAAAAUGGAAACACAAAGUCCCUCUGAAUACAUGGAACCAGGUCAGGAUCUGUUCCCUUAGCAACUAAAUCUGAGAGUAGAGAUCCUGCCUGACCCGAAAUUAAUAAGAAACUGUGGGAUAUGUAUAUGAUUGGGGACGUUUUAACUUCAUUAAGUUUGCCAGCAUGUCACAAAAUGACAUUAGUUCAGACUGAUGUCAUUCUGUUUGGGGUUCAGUAGAUAGUCCUUGAUGUACCCAACAGAGGGCCAUUCACCUUCUGUGUUGAUCUAGGUGGCGGAAUAUCAAUAUGUCAUCUGAUUUGGACAAUCCCACAGUUUGUGAUGAAUGAUUUAGGGGAUAUGACUGUCCAUUGGUCCUUUUGUAUAUAGCCUACUUCUUCAUUGUUUUUGUAUCAUAACAUUCACCAUGUUCACAUGUAUUCCUCUCCUGCCAACAGAUCCUGUCCUAUUUGUGAGAUAUUCUCGUUCAAGUCUGUGCAUCUGGGUUUUCAGUUUGCGUCCAUCAUCACCAGUAUUUUUACAGGCGUAGCUACCAGACUGUUUGGAUUUUUGGACAUAUUUGUGAUGACAUGCAGGGGUAGACUACCAGGCUGGAUGGCAUAAACACAGCCCCCCCCCCCCCCCCAAAUGUUCAAAGUCUUGUAGCAGUGUUGAAUUUAAAGAGUCCUGGGGUGCUUGAGGUCUUUUGUGGUAUUUGAAUCUAGGGGCCCCAUAAGUUUAAUCAUGUAUGACAAGGACCCUUUGACUUUCAUGCUUCAUUGCAAACACUGGUAGGCUUAGAUACCUUCAUGGCUAGGAUUGCUCCCAGACCGUGUAUAAUAUAUUUGUUAAUCUGUCUCGAUCCGAGUUCCAUUUAAGAAGUGGUUGAGCAAAAACGUAUGCACACAAUAUCCUUUAUCAUAUGUACACUGAAGUGUAGUGUGACAUGUGUCAAUGUGUUUUGAAGAAAUUCUCUGUCUAUUAACAGUAUACUCAGUCGCCAUCAUAUAUACCUGCACACUCUUGUGCCGAACACACACACACACACGUCACAAUCAUACACCUAUAUGCACACACACCAUCACACACGUCACUAUCAAGUACCCACUCAUGUCGCCAUCAGAUACCCACAUACACAUCAUCAUAUGCUUACACCUAUACACAACAAUGCACAUGUUACCUUAAUAUACCUACACCUAUACACAUCCAUGCACCCAUCACCUUAAUAUGCCUACAUCUACACACGUCGCCAUCAUAUACUUAUAUGCACACACAUCAACACACACACACAAUCAUCAUAUGCCUACACCUAUACACAUCCACACGCACACAUCACCAUCAUAUACCUACAGGUAUACACAUCCAUGCACAUGUCACCAUCAUAUGCCACACACCAACCCCCAUCACUGGUAUAUGCAGUCAAUAACCGUGACAUACACCUUGUUAACACACCCUGUCACAGUCAUCCACACAACUACCAUGACCACACUGAAUACUUUCUCUUAGCUGGCAAUGACUCAUCAUCAGUUGUAAGGCAAGGCAAAGCACAUGAACUAUAUGUAUAUCCAAUAAUAAUAUAAAGAAAUAGUAACAGAAGUAGUGUGGGUGAUUGGUCCUCAAUUUGACUAUUUUCUGAGAACUAGACAUUCCAUUUAUAUUUGGUAGUAUCAGCAUGAUCCGAACUAUCUCUAUGAACAUGUUGAAUAGUAUUAAUAUUCAAGAAAGUUAUCCAUUUUCACUUGAAAAAAAUGAGAUGGUGAUUAUUAAAAGAAAUUAUGUACAGGAUACAUAUGUUAAGACAAAUGUAAUAUUUUGAAGGGAGAUAUCGCAUUACAAAUAACAUCUUUUUAUGUAUGUUGUAGGAACUUCCAAUGCCUGUUUUUAUGCAUCAUUUCCUACAAAUAAUGGCAUUUAAUUACCAUUCAGUGACACAACAUUGCAAGGGAUUUUGAAUUCCUGUUGUUCUGGUUCUAGUUGUGAUAAUAUAGUUAGUAUAUGAUUUUAUCCCAUAGAUGCCAGACUUGGAAGGUGUACCACAGUGUUGGUGUGAUAGACUCUAUCAGUUGUAAGUGUAUAGAAAGUGUACAGAUAUUUUUCUUGACCAGCUCAUUUCCUUAUAUCAAUCUGUUUUGGUUUUGCCUAUUUUAUUGUGUACAUUAUUUUGUUAUGUUUGAUUCAUACAAGACUUCACUUGACAACUUGAGAGGCAGUAGCCAUGGUUACGUUGUCAUGCAUCAAGUGAUAUAAUAAGUUUAUCUCACGUUUUUGAGACUUUAUGUAAAGUUGACACCAAGAUGUUCACUGUUAACAUUCAUAUGCUCUACCCCAAAUGUAUGUAUGUUAUUUUUUUUUGAUGGAGUUCGAUACAAAACAUGGGAAAAUGCGCAUGGUCAUGUGAAAUGUUUUUAGUUGUUUUUCACAACCAGCAAGUAAAAUUAACUGCUUCUGUGUUGUGAAGAAGUGAUUUCUUGUUGGGGUUGUUUCAAACCAUGGGGUUUAAAUUGUGUUAUGGAAUAAUAUAUAAAAAAUAUGUGUGUCUAUUAGAGAGGGUUUUCAUGUCCUUGAUCAAAAGAAAUGUAAUGGUAUGCGUACAUGAAAGAUGUUUCAAUAUGGUACAGAACAGGGACAUAUUGCACAGCACAUCUAACCAUGUUGUUUUGAAGCUCUUUCUGUACAUUCACUACUGUAUUCAGGAAGCUGCAGAGUACUUAAGUUCUGGUUAAUUUUGUUGUCAAAAACUUAAAAUAUUAAGUACUGGUACUUGUAUAUGACUAUCAGAUUGAAUAUUUAUGACCAUCAAAUUAAGUACUUAUCGCUUUAAUGGCCAAUUAACUUGGAAAAUGAUGUAUCAAACAUAAAAAAUAUUGGUUCAUGUGCCUGUAAAAGAGAGCAUUUCUGUGCAUAGGCAUUAAACCCAGGCUGUCUGAAUCACUGUUUCAUAGAGCUGCAAAACCUCAUGGUGUGAUGUGUUUGACACCGGGUAUUCUGAUAAGUAGUUGCAUCGUUUGAUGACGAACAUUUGAAUCUGUGCUGAUAUUUUUACAAAUGCAUGUCAUGUUGUGGUUUAAAGUAUUAACAGUGGGAAAAUUGGGUUUCAAAAUGGUAUCCAUAAUAAAUGGAUGUGAUCAUGUGUGGUUCAACACUAUUAUAGAAAUACUGUCAUCAAUUCUCUUGGAAUGUGCAAAUGUCACAAGUGUGGAUGACAAUGUUAUUUUCGCUUAUUUAAUGAUUGUUGUCUUUGACAGCUGCUUAGAAUGAAUGGAAUAUGAUAUGACUCAAUCCUUCAAAUCUUUGGACAACCUGAUCAAAUUGUUGGAUGUUAUCAGUAUGAUUGAUGAUGAUGUUACUUCCCAGGAAAAAAAUUAGUGUCAGGUUUAGCUCGAGUUGUGCUACAGGCUUAAGUAUGUUAGUAACUUUGUGUAAUACAGUAUUCAUACAGAUUAUGUGAUGCAUUAUUGGAAAAUACAGCCUCAAUCUUCCUCUGAAAGUAGCUGGAAUAAAAUCCGCAAUAAAUUUGGUCAUAUCUUAUAUUCCAAAUUUUAAGAUAAAUACAGGUGUCAGAAUCAGUAUAUGACAUGGAGUUCUACAGAUGUGUAUCUUUCCAUACUUUUCUCAGUGAGAGUGACCCAGAUAGUCUCAGCACUAACAAAAAGUAGACUUAGUAGUCUUGAUCGUAUGACCUGCUUAGCCUGCACAAGGGGACUCCAGCACAGGUAUUGUGUGCCAAGGUUUGUAGUUUUCAUCACAAGCAGUGAACCAUGAUGUUGGCGUCGUACCUUGUCAUUUCCCAGGGUGAAGCUACAUGUAGUAUUUUUUGCUGAAAGGUUUUACCACCGUUUGAGUGCUGAUGCAUGUCCAUUGUGCAUUUCCUUCAGCAGAUGGCUUUUAGAAAUACUAACAUCUCAUGUUAUAUAUUUUGGUAGUUAUGAUAUUCUGAUAGAGCAACAGGAUGGCUCUGUCCUAUGUACGUGGUACAUGAUUACACAUAUGUGGUUUUUCAUACUGCUUUUCGUGUUUGUGAAGGAUUUGUUAAUUUUAAGAAAUACUGAAAAUAUGAUGUUCUGUUAUGCCUCUGUCAAAGUUUCUCAAGAAUGGAUUCACCACUGAAUGUCUGCUGUGUAACAUUUAGGUAGAUACCUGUGUUGAUGCAUUCACACUGGUUUCGUGAUUGUCACCACCUUUGUCAUGAAUGAUGCUUUAUUUCAACCAGAAUUGGUAUCUUUACAGCUGAAAGUGGGGCUAAUGGUUAACAGUUAGUUUUGUGAUAUUUAGGUGCAAUCAUGGGGAAAUAUUCUAUUUGUAUAUAGGUCAUUGAUACAGAUUUGUUUACAUGUAUAUCAAUAAAUUGACAAGAUAUGGUA